CUUUGCGGGGGGGUGGAAUGAGCCGUCACCUGGCUCGGCCUCGCGCACGCUGGGGAACCGCCGCCGCCCGCCGGCGACCCUCCCGCCCCCAGUAGUUACCGCCGCGGAGCGGCCCUGGAAUCCGCCUGCCCGGCCCCGCGAGCCGGCAUGUGGCCCCGUGGGUGCGGGGGGCGCGGGCGCAGCCCGGCCUUUCGCCGCUGAGCCGGUCGCUGCAGGGCCGGGCCGGGGGUGGCUGUGCCGUGACCGAGCGGCCCGGGGCCAGGAGCAAGGGGACGGCGCCGGCUGAGAGGAAGCCAAGGGCGGACGCCCCGGCGGUUGGAUCGGCGCACGGCUCGGUGAGAGCUGAAAAGCUCCGGUUUGCCGCUCUCCGGCUGCCCCGGUCCUGGCUGGCGGAUAUGAAAUGAUAUAAACUCUCCGGUUUGCUGUUAGAGGGACGAUGGCCACCCCCGCGCUGCUGCCCCUGUCUGGGCGUAGACUCCCCCCCCUGAACCUUGGGACCUCCUUCCCCCACCACAGGGCUACCUUGAGACUGUCCGAAAAAUUUAUCCUCCUCCUCAUUCUUAGUGCCUUCAUCACUCUCUGCUUUGGGGCAUUCUUCUUCCUCCCGGACUCGUCCAAACACAAACGCUUUGAUCUGGGUUUAGAGGAUGUGUUAAUUCCUCACGUGGAUACCAGCAAGGGGGGCAAAAACCUUGGAGGCUACUUGAUCCAUGGGCAAGGAGGACACGAUGAGCACAGGCACAGAGAAGAAGAGGAGCGCCUGAGAAAUAAGAUCCGAGCAGACCAUGAAAAAGCUCUAGAGGAGGCAAAAGAGAAGCUGAAGAAAUCUCGAGAUGAGAUUCAAGCAGAGAUUCAGACAGAAAAGAACAAAGUAGCCCAAGAAAUGAAGAAGAAAGACAGCAAGCCUCUGCCACCUGUACCAGUACCAAACCUCAUAGGGAUAAACAGUGAAGACCCAACAGAUAAGGACAUCCGAGAGAAGAGGGACAAAAUUAAAGAGAUGAUGAAACAUGCCUGGGAAAAUUACCGGCAGUAUGGAUGGGGGCAUAAUGAACUCAAACCCAUUGCCAGGAAAGGACAUUCCACCAACAUAUUUGGAAAUUCACAAAUGGGUGCUACCAUAGUAGAUGCUUUGGAUACUCUCUAUAUCAUGGGGCUUCAUGAUGAAUUCAGAGAAGGACAAGACUGGAUUGACAAAAACCUUGAUUUCAGUGUGAAUUCAGAGGUGUCUGUUUUUGAAGUCAAUAUUCGCUUCAUUGGUGGUCUUCUAGCAGCAUAUUACCUUUCAGGACAGGAGGUGUUCAAGCUCAAAGCAGUGCAGCUGGCAGGAAAGCUCCUUCCGGCAUUUAACACACCCACAGGCAUUCCCUGGGCAAUGGUGAAUCUGAAAAGUGGUGUGGGUCGAAACUGGGGCUGGGCUUCUGCAGGCAGCAGCAUCCUAGCUGAAUUUGGUACUCUGCACAUGGAAUUUGUCCACCUCAGCUACCUGACUGGGGACCCUGUCUACUACAACAAGGUCAUGCACAUUCGGAAGUUACUUCAGAAAAUGGACCGUCCUAAUGGGCUUUAUCCAAAUUAUUUGAACCCAAGGACUGGGCGCUGGGGUCAGCAUCACACAUCCGUGGGCGGGCUGGGAGACAGUUUUUAUGAAUACUUAUUGAAAGCCUGGCUGAUGUCAGACAAAAUGGACACAGAGGCAAGGAAAAUGUACGACGAUGCUAUUGAGGCGAUAGAAAGACAUCUUAUCAGAAAGUCUAACGGAGGACUGACAUACAUUGGGGAAUGGAAAAAUGGGCACCUUGAGAGAAAGAUGGGCCACCUCACCUGUUUUGCUGGGGGAAUGUUUGCACUUGGAGCAGAUGGUUCCAGAGAUGAUAAGGCUGGACAUUAUUUGCAACUUGGAGCUGAGAUUGCACAUACAUGUCAUGAGUCAUACGACAGAACAACAUUAAAGCUGGGUCCUGAAGCAUUCAAAUUUGAUGGUGGCCUAGAGGCAGUGGCAGUGCGGCAGAAUGAAAAAUAUUACAUUCUAAGACCAGAGGUGAUCGAGACCUACUGGUAUAUGUGGAGAUUUACACAUGAUCCCAAGUACAGGCAGUGGGGCUGGGAAGCAGCACAGGCUAUUGACAAAUACUGCCGAGUCAGUGGUGGAUUUUCGGGAGUCAAGGAUGUCUAUUCCUCAUCUCCUGCAUAUGAUGAUGUACAACAGAGCUUUUUCCUUGCUGAAACUCUGAAGUAUCUGUAUCUGCUUUUCUCCAAUGAUGACCUCCUGCCUUUAGACAACUGGGUUUUUAACACAGAAGCUCAUCCCUUGCCUAUUUUACAUUUAGCCAACACCACACUUUCAGGAAAUCCUGCUUAUUGAUAAAAACAGCUCCAGGAAGAGGAGGAGAGACUGCACUCAGCUGUGUUUUGUUUACAUGGACCACUUGAGACUUUAGGCUGGAGAGGAGACAGACAUUUGGUUAAUCUGAUUCAAAACGCAGGGUGAGAAACAACCUCUGCCCCCAAAGCUCUUCAACCUGUAGAUAAGUAAACUCUGAAAUAAUUCCUUUUUAUACAUGACCAAAACACGCUACUGGGGCAUUUGCAGGACAGAGAGAGACCUUGUGUGCAUUGAACCCGAACAGCAGAGUGGAGUCUGUUAUUAGAUAUAGAGUCCAGCAGCCAAAGGAACAACAGGCUUCCUGGCCCGGGGCUGAAGUUUGCUGCUGCUGGCCUUUGCAAGAAACUGCACACUUGUCUCCUACUCAGAUGGGGUGUAUUCCAGAGACUAAGACAUUUUGGUUUUUUUCUUUCUAUUUUGAUGAUGGCAUGAGCAAAGCAACAACAAAAAAGCAACGUAACUGCACCAGCAGCACCAGGAUUCGAAAUUUUUUCUGUACCUGUCUGAAUUUUCUAAUCUGCAUCAGUUUGCCGAGACUGGCAGCCAUUCCCAGUGCCUCUCAGACCUUUGCCUUCUUUUCAUUUACCCCCUUCAUAACAAAGUCCAAAGACGUGUGAAGCACAAUCACACCCAGAGAACAGUUACCAAGCAUUUGUUUUUGUAAUUUACUGGCAGCACUGUGCUGUUAGUUCACCACACAAGAUAUGGGCACAGAGCAUGGAAGACACAGCUAAGUGUCCUGUUUCCUUUGGUCACCAAUCCUGUCAUAUGGAAAGGCCACACUCCCCUAUAGCAGUCCUUUUCUGCCACUUCCACAGAGAUAACAACAACAGAAAUUGCCCAUCCUGGUUUAUGUGGCAGACUGCGUCACAUUCACUAGGACACAGUUCUCUUUAGGUGAGAUAUAGUAGUUUGUAUCAUUGCAUUACAUUUGUCCAUGCAACCUGUCCUUUUCCUUGACUCUCGCUUUUAUUAUUUGGACAAUGUUCACUUUGUAAAUCUCAAGUCUUGCCUUGUUUUUUUGAGGUGUAUGGCAAGAGACCAAAACUGCCUCAGAUUUGCUUUAUUAAAACAAGUUUUAUCUGGGCCAUAAACUGCCCCCAAUGCAAAGCUAACAUGAGAUUCUCUCUGGAAACAUGGUAAAAUCUAUUACACACUAAUAUACCAAAUAAUUCCAGUUAGUAAGGCUGUGUUACCUGCAUACAUUAGGUCUAGUUAUUACAUAGUCCUUCCCUGAGUGCAGGGGACUGGACUAGAGAACCUCUCGAGGUCCCUUACAGUGCUACACUUCUAUGAUUUCCUCUGGACAUUGCUGGCUGAAGCAACCCCACUGUUCUGAGUUCAGGCCCAACAGCAUGAGUUAAUGGGGGUAGUGCAUUUCAGUCUUCACUUACAGCAUAGGUGUCCUGACUCUUGUCUCCCUUUACUGAGAAUCUCUUCUCAUCUAUAGAAUAGAAUCCUGUGCACUCAGAAAUAACGCCUGUUAACAUCAGUAAGGUUUGUUUAAAGUGAGUUUCACUUGCUGCUUUAAUUUCUAAACAUUUCCUUUCUUUCAAUUUUUCUGCUUAAGUGGGCAGCUCUGUACCAGACAUCCUGUCUCACUGACAGCCGACUAGAGAAGUGUCUUAAAUCAACAUUGCAUGCAUAGACUGGAAUCAGAUUGUUGGUUACAUAUUUUAAGUGUUUCCUUUCCAGUCAGUGGGCAAUAAAACAACCUUAGGGAAGAUGGCUUAUUCUAUUAAAAGCAUAUAUAAGAUUCAUGCUAUUGGCCUUUGGGUCUGCCUACCAUGCCUCAUUGGGUAAAGUAGGAUAUUACAUGUAAGUCAUUUAUUUCCACGCACCUCGGGACCAAAUUUUCAACAUGUUUGAGAUCUUGAAGGCGUCUCCAUUUUGUUUGCUCAAAAUACAACAAAAGGGCAAAGUACCCCAUUGUGGGCUAUAUUUAUUUAAAGAAACUCAAUCUUCAAAAGCAAAUCAUCUCUCCCCCCAGCCUCAGCACCUUGAGAGCGAAAAAGGAUUCUGCUCACCUCCUUUUUUACUCUUCUUUCUCACAGCUCCCACGAUUCUUUCCCCAGGGUCACUGUCCCUCGAGCUGAGAAGGGGCUGGCUCUAGAUCAUCUUAAGGUGCUUCUGCCCUCUUCACACGAGCAGGAUGAACAUGCUGCCUUUACAGUAGUCCUGUUGUAGCUAUGUCAGUUCACUACAGAGGGAAGUACUAUUACUAGGCAGCCAGCCACGAAACACCUUUGUCUUUGGUUUCUGUGAUAUUUUUAAUUAUCUGAGCCUUUCUAGGCUCUCAGUACUUCAUUCCCCUCAUGUUAGCUUAAAGAGAGGUAUGGGUUUUUUUGCUUUGACUGAGUUUUAAGCCCCUGAAAAUGAGCUUUCUAUAAUGAGAACAUCUCCACAACAGGAACUCCAGGAUGGGAUGGAGACAGGAAAGUGCAGCCCACUGAGCACUACCGUGAACUCCAUGGCCACCUUCAUCUUUUGUGCACAGCAGUGUCCUGCAGAACACUCUAUCUCCCAAUAUGCAAUGUCCCAUCUUGGCCUGAGUGACCUGGCUGCAAUCUGCUCCAUUUUGUAUAUCUAAAGUGGCAUUUAGUUUUUCCAUUUUUAGUCCCCAAUUCAGCAAAGCACAUAAGCCUGUGGCCUUAAUGCACAGACCAAGAACCAUGCAUGGAGACAGAGAAUGGUAGAACCACUGACUCCCAUGAUGAAAGUCCCACCUUAAUGCUAAAUUUCCUUUACUCUUUGGCAUUAAUUUAAAGCAGUGUUUCUCAAACUGGGGUCACCGCUUGUAAAGAGAAAGCCCCGGCGAGUCGGGCCGAUUUGUUUACCUGCCCUGUCCACAGGUCCGGCCGAUCGCAGCUCCCACUGGCCGCGGUUCACUGCUCCAGGCCAAUGGGAGCUGCUGGAAGCGGCGCGGUCCGAGGGACUUACUGGCCACCGUUUCCAGCGCCCCCAUUGGCCUGCGAUGGCGAACUGUAAUCGGCCAGACCUGCGGACGCAGCAGGUAAACAAUUUAAAGAUUAACAAACUUGUCAUGGCAGUUCUGAUGUGGUGUACUCUGGGAACAAAUGUUAACCAAAUGAUUUUUUUGCCAGAUUGCAAUUUCAGUUUAAGAGGAGGAAGAGGGAGAGCUUGGAAAACACUGAAAUGCCAAGAGUUUUUAUCUUAGUACUAAUUACUCAAUUACUGUAAUUUGCAGCACUAGUAAAAAAAACUAAUCUGAAAAAAGUCAAGGUAAUGAAUGUAGUAAAUUCUGAUUCAAGUAAUUGUUUACUUCAAAUUAAAAUAAACUGAUUCCUUUUACUACUGCCACAAAAUGUAAUUUUCUAAUUAGAAAUUAAUGACUAAUUGAAGAGCUAAUGCUUUUCCAUUUUAAUAUUUUGUGGUUUAAAUUGAGGUUUUCCAGUCCCAGUUUGAACCUGCACUUCAUUGCCUUAGUUUUGUAAGCCUCUUUGUGUUGAAGGAGGACUGAGGAAAAGCAGGGAGUCUUUAGUAACCGGCUCUACCCCAGCGAACCCAUACUCCUCCUGGCCAGUGGAAGCACGGAAUGGCUGCCCGUCUCUUCAGGGAAAGGUCAAGGACAAAAUUCUAGAGUCCCAAAAAUAGAAACACCAAACCUCUCCCUGAUGUUUACUCUUUUCCCAUCUCACUGGUUUGAAUUACAGAACCACCACUCAAAUUAAUUGCCUGUGUAAGUCUCACUGGGGUUAAUUCACUGCCACAAGAAGUAUUUGAAUUUAGGUCCUGAGCCACUUCAUGGCAAGAGGAUUGUAAUUUUCUCCAGUCAGGUGUACAGUAGUGACAUUUCUCCUGUGUGUAAACAUGCAACAGGUUCAAAAUAAAGGACAUUUGUGUCCUGUCAUCUAGUUAUCCCAGGAUCUGCUGGUUUCUACCAUAUCCCAAUUUAGAAUGCAAUCGCUCAUCUCCCUCAAAGCUACUAAUGUGCUGCCUACUUCUAGAGUAAUACAUUUUGUGCACUAAUUCCUGUACCCCUCAUGCAUUGCAGCAUUCUGGGCUGCCCCAGAGCAGAAUGAGUUUGGCUGUUGUGAGUUCUGAGCAGGACGUCCAUAAUAGCCAGACAUGGAUGCUGAAGCAUCCAUCUUGUUCUCCUGACUUCAGGUGGUAGGCUUUUUCUCAGCCCUUUUCAGAGCUGGGAUACUGACCUGCAGCAUGGAGUUGGCUGCAGCCAAGAGCUCAGACUCUGUUUUCUCUUGGGUACAUGUGGCGUACUAGAACAUGGUCACUUACAUUCUGUUGCUGCUGUUUUACAGCCUUUUCUGAAGGUAUAGAUACUUAUUUUUUUAACAGAGUGAUAUUUUAGUGUUAGCUGUCUCCAAGUCUUGUGCUGUAUCUUCUAACCAAACAAACACAUAGUUCUGGCUUUCAUUCAAGUGGCUGCUGUCUUGGUUGGCAGUUUCUACAGCACCCUGUGUUCUUACAGGAAGAAACAAGAGCGGAAAACAAAGUGUGCACUUGUGGCAAACUGGCUUUGAGAAAGAGCCUGGAGAUCCCCAAACAGUCCGUUUUCUGUCUGCAUGCACUCAAGGUACGAAUGUGCAAUACACGUCCCAGUCAGGCCUCUGUAGGCCAGAAUCCACCAGGAGCAAAGCCAUUAUUUGUAACAUUUUGGGCCUGAUUUUCAGAGGGGCUAAACAUCUGCAAUUCCCAGUGACUUAGCUGGAGUUGUGGGUGCCCAGCACACCUGACAGUUCCCUUCUUGGCUUUCCUCCAUUUACUGAAUAAAGCUAAAAUGACAUUCCAGCUGCUCACUUACUGCACAAAAUGCUCCUUAAAACUCUUAUUGAAGAUUUUUGUAUAUACAAUUGUAGCUAUUCUGGAGAUCCAGAGAACAAACCUGAAGUCAGUGAAAAGUCAGAGACAGUUCUGUGGUUUCCAAGUCAGCUCAAGGUGCUUAGGUUCCCUUGCCCCAAACCUUAAAGAUGAUAACCCUCCAUGCACUGCCCCUGCUACCUCUCAUUCCUUGGUGCACACUCUGAACCAGUGUUUGCCAAACUUUUGAAUGCUGGAAAAUGAAACCAAUCACACUGUUCUAGGGGCCCUGCCAUGUGUUGUUAAAGGCCUACAGAUCUUAAUUUAUACACCACCUGGGCUCCCAGAUGCUCCUCCCCCUUAUCUCUUUUGGAAAUGCUGGUGUAGAGCUUCAUCAUAGGAUAUUUCUUCUGCUCUCCAACCUAGUGUGGUGAGCAGUGAAAUAGUUAAUAAUGUGGACAUUUAAAGCAUCAUCACUGGGAUCUGAAUUAGCAUUCAUUGAAAUGCAUGGGACAUUCACACUUCAGAGCUAUCCUUUCAUGCUCUCUACCAGCUCAGGCAGACAUCUCUACACGAGUUACACUUAGGGUAUGUCUACACAUAAGCCACUACAGCUGCACUACCGUAAUGCAUCAGUGAAGACACUAUCUCCCAUUGGCGUAGUUACUCUACCUUCCCAAGAGGCGAUAGCUGGGUCAAUGGGAGUAUUCUCCUGUCGACCUAGCGCUGUCUACAUCAUGGAUUAGGUCAGAUUAACUGCAUUGCUCAGGAGUGUGGAUUUUUCACACCUCUGAGCAACGUAGUUAUAUUGACCUAAUUUCCUAGUGUAGACCAGGCCUUACUCCAUGUUUCUAAGGUUUUUGCCACAGGCAUAGCACCCAGAGAUUGACUUUAUUUUAAAGAAAUAAAAGCUGAUGCUCUGGAGGACAAUUGAGUAGUCUGAUUGCACUACCACCAUAACUCUUCAACCAGUCCUUCACAUGCCUUGUUUUGGGAAACAUUACUCAUACCCAAAGUGAAGAUUGGGCUGUCAUACUGAGAGCAACCUGAGCUCCAUUACUGGUUAGCGUGUGCACCGUUCUAAAAGGGAGGGCAAGCACUGGCUUCUACAACUGCUCUACAGUUGCCCAAAAGGUUGAGAACCACUACAAGCUAGAGGGAAUACUGCAUGGCUUGGUUCAGUCAGAAUCUGUUGUUUUCAAUCCCUGUCACUCUUGGUGGAAGUUGCACUGUCGUUCUGCCUCACUCACUUUGCAUAAAAUUCACAGAUUAUUUUUCCUCUGAAAUAACAGAGGGGCAAGAGACAACCUUCUGAUUUGGGAACCUUCCGGCUGCCUCCAACCUGGUACCCUGCAUAUGUACUUUUUACAGAUGAAAAGUAAUAUUGUAUAUAAAAAAUAUCAAAUAAAGAAUGUCUUUAUGUGAAAAAA